GUCAUUAAGAUAAAAAGGCCGGAUAUUAAUUGUACAGAUAGUCAUCGAUCGUUAACUUAUAAAUAAAUUGGAGAACGCGGAAGAAAUUUAUCGAGUUACACUAUAACAAGUAUAAAAUGCGGAAGAUGUUUUAUUUUUAGCAGUUUAUCGAUAUAUAGGCAAACUAAUGGGGAACAUAUUGAGUAGAAAGAAGAAGCAGAAGAAGAAAAAGACGAAAAGAAAAAAUAAUGGAGACGAAAUUGACGAAAAGGAGCAAAUUGAAGAGGAUAAGAUGCCACAUAAUGUUCAUGUUCAAUUUGGUGAUGGUCACACUGGUACCCUAACAGAUAUAGUUAGACCACAGGAAAUAACAGUCGAAGUUGACGUGGAGAGAAAACCAAAGAGCACAAAACACUUAAAGCUAAUGGUUGCAGCUAUAGACUUUGGAACCACAUUCUCCGGGUUUGCGCACUGUAUGCGAGAUAAUAUGACAAAAAUAUAUUGCCAUGAUUGGAACUCGACAUAUGGGAUUACAAAUAAGGCACCAACGUCAGUUCUUUUCAAACCAGACAUGACGUUCGACAGUUUUGGUUAUGAAGCAGAAGAGCAUUAUCAUGAUCCAGACGAUGAUGAAGAUCUUAGUAAAUGGUACUUUUUUCGAAACUUCAAGAUGAUUCUUUACGAAUACAAGAAACAAUUCAAUGUUGAAACAGAGAUUGAGGAUAUGGUCCCUGGACCCCAAAAGACGAAAAUGAAGGCAAUAGAUGUAUUUUCAGCUAUCAUUAAAUACUUCAAGAAACUGCUCCUUGAGAAAGCACAGAAAAGUUAUAUAGAUCUAACCGAUAAUGAUAUACUCUGGGUGAUAACAGUACCAGGAAUAUGGGACCUAAAGGCCAAACAAUUCAUGAGAGAAUCUGCUAUUCAGGCAGGAAUCCCUUCUGACCAGUUAAUACUAGCACUGGAACCGGAGGCAGCAUCCCUAUAUUGCAGAAAAAUGCCAAUAUUUGUAGAAGAAAAACAGGAUGGUGAUAAGACGAUUUCACAACUACCUGUUGGAUCGAAAUAUAUUGUUCUUGACCAAGGAGGUGGAACAAUUGAUAUAACAGUUCAUGAAGUCAUUCCAGAAGGGAAUCUGAAGGAAAUACAUCAAGCUUGUGGAGGAGUUUGGGGUUCUAACAGUAUAAAUAAAGAAUUUAAUCACUUCUUGUGUAAGGUAUUUGGAGAUGACGUAAUGAAGACUUUUCAAACAGACCAUCCAUUAGAUUAUUUUGAAAUAAUGAAGGAAUUCGAACGUAAGAAAAUAAGUUAUACUGGAGAAAGAGGAAGGGAACGUAUGAGAUUCUCGUAUUUAGUUGACUAUUACAAACAACUUAAAGAGGUAGAAAUUACAGAAACUUUAAAAGCAACACAGUUUAAAGACACAGUUCAAUUUGAAAGAGAUAAGGCUUCUCUCAAAAAAGAAUUGUUUAAGUCAUUUUAUGACAAACCAGUUGCGUUUAUUGUCGAUUAUUUGAGAGACCUUCUUGGAAAGAAGUCAAUAAAUACUGAAGAUAAUCCAAUCAACACUAUUUUAGCAGUGGGAGGCUUUUCGAAAUCUCAAGUGCUGAUGAACGAAAUUAAGUCAACAUUCCCUGAUCUUGCAAUCGUUGUACCUGCAGAUGCCGAUUUGGCCGUGUUAAAAGGGGCAAUACUAUAUGCCUUUGAACCGGAUUCUGUUACAUGUCGUGUUUCCCAAUAUACAUAUGGAGUUCCAAACUUUACGGCUUAUGAUGCAAGAAUUCAUAAGGAUAGACGAAUAGCUAGAAUAGGACCUCAAAGAAAACCAAUGGUUGACGAUUCAUUUGAUAAACAUAUUGAAAUAGGACAGAUUUUACAAAUUGGACAAUUUCAACAAGAGCAUGAAUAUUAUCCUACUACCGAGGAACAUAAAUCAAUCGUACUGGACUUUUAUGCAUCAGAAGAAAAGAAUCCUAAAUUUACUGACGAAGAUACUUGCUAUUGUUUAGGAAUGCUUCAUUUUGAUAUAACACGCCAGGCUAGAAUAUUUGUGAAACUUAAUGCCAGUGGUACCGAACUAGUGGCUGUUGCAAGAGUAGACGGUGAAAAUCAAGAAAUUCAAGGCUAUUUUAGUCUUAUAUGAAUAAAGGACUUGUUAAUUUCUACAAAAUACUUUUUUAUGAAAAUACUUCACACAUUAUUAAUUUAAGUCUUUUAUUGUACUUGGAAUCACAAAUAUCUCUCCAUCACACACAAUGUAGCUCUAUUGAAAUAUUUACUUCAGAUUAAGGUGUUCUCUUAUAUCUCAUAUUUUGAAUCCUGAUAUCAAAUAUACGUUCUUAUGUUUUGCUCUGUGUAAGCGAUUGGUAAAUUUUAUUUAAGAAACACUGCAUGUGGGUUCAUAAAUCACACGUCCUCUUUACCACUUCUUGUUGGUGCCGUUGUUGAAAGUAUGUUAGAUUUUUGUGAUGUUUAUAAAGACACCUUCUUUCAGAAUACCAUUUUCAUGUGUACAAUUUAUGAAAUGAUAAUUACGUUUCACUUCUUUUUCAUGGUAAGUUUUGUAGCCUGAAUACUGGAUGAAUGUUGCACUCGAUAAUUUUUUUGUGUAUGUUUUUGUUACCACGAUAUGAUAAUAUCUAAUUGAUCUCUCAUUAAUGUAAAUAUACACGGCUGAGAAACAAGAAAGCAGCUUGAUCUUGGGAAAAAUAUAAACCGAAAAAAUGAUUUUUCCCUUAAGUUGAACGGUCUACGACGAAACAUUUUUUUUUUAUAGCUUUGUACUUUAAUAAAAAAAUAUCAGUUGUUCAGUAGAACAGUACUGAUUAUUCACUAUGUUCGCAGUAUUGAAAAAAAGCUUUAUUCUUUUAAAAAUAUAUACAUUUCUUUAUACAAAUCUGGAUUUUUUCCGUGGACUGUCUCGUCAAUUUGGAAUUUAAACGAUUUACUCAUGUUUUGUUUGUUACUUAAGUUUUCUGUUUAAGGAGAUCUCAACAUCGGUUUACUGUCGCUUUAAUUUUAAAACCAAUGAUUUAAAACCUUAAAAAAUUAUAGAAUAUAUACUUUUCCUGUUUUACAAAGCAACAUUUAUCCAAUAUACAUGUAUGCAUUGACAAUGUACGAGUAAAGCUGUAUUUAUUCUUUACUUCCCUAAAUAAAUAAUAUCGUAAAAUGACAAAUAUAUAAAGUGCAAAGACUGGAGAAAACAUUCUUUAAUUUUUGUGUAUUUAAAUGCAUCUAUAAACAAUUUGAGGAAAUAUUUGAAAAGGAAGAAUUAAUUCUUUGACAAGGAACCACUACAACUGGAAAAACAAAAAAAAAUACAAUUAAAAAAAAUACAAUGAUUUGAAUAAAAGAAGUGAUCAAGUCAAAGAUGUAUUACCAGUGUAGCUUGUAAUGGAAUUCUGGUAUCAUGUUUACAUAACUAUCCAAACCGUGAUUUAGUUUGUACUAUUUAGAUAAAGUCAUGUUGUUACUUUACGGUGAGAUGCAAUAGAUAUCAAAGAGAAUUUCAUACUAAUAAAUAAAGGCAACAAGAGUAUACCAUGUUAAAAGAAAAACAAACAUUAAUUGAAAGUUAAAAAUUGAAUGUUAAAAACGAAUGUUUAUGUUAAAAAUGAAGGUUAAAAGUUGAAAAUCGAAUGUCGGAAACGAAUGGUGAAUGUUGAAAACCAAUGUUGAAAGUUGAAA